AUGGCUAUGAAUCUCCCGGCAUCUGGAAAAACAUCGUUCUUCUCUGUUUUGGUUCACGAUAUCGGUCACGCGUUGGGAUUGAGUCACUCGUUACAACGGGACUCCGUGAUGUAUCCAUCCUACGAAAUCCCACCAAACAUCACACACAUGGCUGAACUCGAUCUGGCUAAGGACGAUAUUUACGGUAUCCAAUAUCUCUACGGUUAUCCCGUUCCUUCUACGACGACGACAACUACUACGACCAGCACUACAUCGCAACCACCACCCGAUAGAGGACUUUCGACUAACGACUUGUGUGUUUACAAAACCAAAUUACAAACUGUUCUGAUAGUCAAUAACAAGAUCUUCAUGUUUCACAACAAAAAGGUAUGGGUAGUAGAUAUGGAGGAAACAGAUCGUGAGCCGUCCCAGUUCAACCGACCCAAAAUAAUAACGCAGUGGUUACCGUUUCUGCCGCACGACUUUGUAAACAUAACUACUAUUUAUGGACGGCCUAAUGAUAAAAUAGUUUUGUUUACCAGAAAACGAGUGUAUUUCAUCCACUAUCCUAGUUUGAAAAAGAUUUUUGAAUCUACUGUUGAAGCGUUUCUCGAGUAUCCGAACGUGGAGAUAAACGCUGUGGUGAACGGUCAUACAGGACUAACAUACAUUUUAGCCAUCGAUCUCGUGUUCCAAGUAGACGAGUGCAAACUGAAAGUUAAAUUGCUUGGCGUUUUUACCACGGUGUUCCCGGAUCUACCAAAAAAGAUUACGAGCGCAUUUCGAUACACUAACGGGAGGCUGUAA